CAAUAACUAACGAAGAGACGACGUUCUCGAUCAUUGAAACUGGAGUGUUGAGGAGGCAAAGCUCUUGUAGCAAUGGGCAGUGGACGAGUAGGUCUCGAACAAAAUUGAACAUCAGUCUGAACGGAAAUCAUGAGAAUAAUCAUCUCGUGGCUCGUGGCCUCGUACUCAUCAUCGUCAUCUCUCGAGUUAUGGUUGUCUGAGUCCAGCAGAAAAUUUCUCUGAGCACUCACUUGCUGCUCGAGAGUAGAAGCACGUCCAUGGCUGCUGCUGAAAGGGGACAAAAUGCUGAAGCGAUCUGAAUUCUUUCUGGAACGGAUUCUCCCGAAGCCUCUGCUCAGUUCUCAGAGCGCCAAAGAUUCAGCUCUCCGCCGCCUCGGCGUGCAGAGAAGUAGAGACGUGUUCGCUGCAGAGCUUGCAGACAAACUCAGCCGCCACGAUGAUAUGGUCGCCGCCAUGAAAGCCGUCGCCGAGUCGAGUUUCCUCCGGGACCUCAGCGCCGAGGAACGCAACUUGCUCUACAAGGCCUACAAAAAUCAGAUCAGUUCACGUCGGAAGCAGUGGAGGAUUCUGCGUGAAAUCGAGAGGGAGGAAACGAGCAAGGGUAACCAGAUGCAUCUGGCUGCUGUCAGAAAACUCAUCGCCAAAGUUGAGUCCGAGAUAAGAGACAUCUGCGAGACCUUCAUAGGCCUCAUCGAUGAUCAUGUACUGAGAGCGGCGGGCAUAGGAGAGCCUCAGGUCUUCUGCUGGAGGGCCAAGGCCGACUUCCAGCGAUACCUUGCAGAAUUGAGCUCGAGCCACAAACACAAAAUCGUAGCAGAAUUUUCUUACAAGCGAGCUCAAGAGCUCGCGUCCAAGCACUUGAGCCCUUUGAAUCCGCAGCGCUUGCACCUCGCGGUCAACUUUUUCAUCUUCUACCUCGAAGUGAAAAAUUCUCCUGAAAAAGCUCUGACGGUGGCUCAAGAGGCUUUGGAUCUAGCAGAAUCGGAAUUCAUGAGGAUAUCCAGAACAGGGAAAAAAUUGAAAAUGAAGGAAAGCGAAACCUUAAUGAGACAUCUCCGUGAGGAAAUUGAACUUUUGCAACAAUCCGAGGAGGAUGUGGAGAGUGAUGAAGGAGCUGAAAACACAGUUGGGGUCGGAUCCGGGAGAUUUGCAGACAUCAAAGAUCCUGGACGAUCUUAUGUCUGUGGCGCGGGAUCUAGCAGAUGGGCAUGUACUGAAGACCCAGGAUAUAAUGUUGGAGAGGGAUCUAGCGACUCUAUGGUUGUCGAGCAUGAAAAGUCAUCGGAGCAAGCACAAGAGAAUUGAAAGAAGAGUCUAAUGGAGUUUGUUGAUAUAUUAUAAUAAUUUUUUUCAAGUACGUCGUCUUACUGAUCCUGAGCGCACAUGCCCUGUGUAUUUAUAAGACCUACUUGCGAGAUUGAAAGGCUCGGAACUCCGUUUUUCUUUCAGACUAUUCAGAAAGCUUUGUAAAUUGAGAAGAGAGAUAGUG